AUGACUGGCGUAGAGUUACGCUUGGAGGAACAUGCUGCUCGAGUACAGGAACGGUUUGAGGCGCUGGAGGGUCGCCUAGAUGGGCUAGAGUCGGAGGACAUUGCCAUCAACCAAGCCGUGAGAGGGUUACUCAAUGGGCUGGACGAUGUCUUAAGGAGGGAGCUCCGCGCAACACGCGACCAAUGCAUGGGGGAGCAGCAGCCAACUUGCCGUGAUAAAGAAAGGUCAGCACUGUUGCAGUUCAAGGAAAGCUUUGUCAUUACAAAAUAUGCUUAUUCUUUUGCAGGUGCUUAUCCAAAAGUUUUACAAUGGAAAUCUAGUAAUAGCUGCUUAUGGGGCGGCAUCGAUUGCGAUGCAGAGACUGGUCAUGUGAUUGCUCUUGACCUCAGCAACAACCAUUUCAAUUUCUCUCAAAUUCCUGCUUCUAUUGGCCAACUUUCUCAUCUAACUUAUCUCAACCUCUCUGGUUCUGCUUUUUAUGGCCAAGUCCCAUUUGAAAUUUCUGACUUGACCAACUUGUCCUCCCUUGACAUGACUUACAAUUAUGAUCCAGUUACUGAAGAAAAGUUUUUGCAGCUUAAAGAUCCCAACUUCAAAACACUAGUUCGGAAUCUGACCAAGUUAGAAAUAAUUAUCCUUAGCUUUGUAGACAUGUCAUCUGAGUCUCAUUUAUCUCCAACAUGGCGACAACAAUUUGUCGUUGAUCUUUGGAGAAGCAAGAAGAAAUGCAACGGCUUCAAAAUUCAAGCUUCUACAUCUGGGUUCCUUAACCUGAGAAACUUCCCACAUUUUCUCAAGCAUCAAAAUGAAUUGGAUUGUUUGGUUCUUGAUGGAAACAAUAUAGAUGGCCAAAUACCAAAUUGGAUGUUGAACAUAGGCAUAAACACUUUGACCACGUUGAAUAUUGCCUCCAACCUCCCAACAGGCUUUGAGCAACUUCCUGUAGUUCUUCCUUGGGUUAAUUUAGGCGUAUUUGAUAUUUCCUCUAAUAUGUUGCAAGGACCAUUACCAAUUCCUCCACCAUCCAUUGCUCGAUAUGAUGUCUCAAACAACAUGCUGACUGGAGAAAUUUCACCUUUAUUUUGCAACAUGAGUUCACUUUACAUCCUUGAUUUGUCUAAUAACAACUUGUGUGGCAUAAUUCCACCAUGUUUGAGAAACUCAGGUAGUUCUCAAAUAAUGUUAAGCUUGAGAAACAAUUCUUUGCAUGGCAUCACUCUUGAAAUAUGCAGCAAUAAUGGGAGUAACUUGAAAAUGAGUGAUGUUAGUCAUAAUCUAUUGCAAGGGAAGCUACCAAGAUCGUUGUCCAACUGUUUGAUGCUUGAAGCUAUCGUGGUUGUAAACAAUCAAUUGCAUGAUUCUUUUCCAUCUUGUUUAUGA